CUCAAAAAAAAAUUGUAUUUUUACUCCACUAACCUCAAACUAAAUUAACAUUAAUAUUGUUUAAAAAUACCCCUUAAACAGCGAUAAAAAGGGUCUCCACGAUGUUUCGUUUAGCAACGAGGUUUAACGCCCCAAAAAUAUCACCGCAAGCGGUAAAUACGUACACAACAGUCUUCGGAUUCGAGAUGAAGUUCGACCCUGCCCUGGUGCCCCAGAAAAAAAGCCACAGAAAGCCCCGAUGGAUUCCAACGGCAAAAACCAAGAAGUUCAGAGUGCCUACCAGGCCACAGAUCCCUAAAGAUGAGGAACUGGAACUGCUCAGGUUAAACAAUAACUACAGGACACAAAUCAAGUCCAUAAGGGCAUUUUUACGGGAAAAACACUCCACAUUGUUCCAGAAAAGUUUGGACCCGGAGGAAAUCUUGAAACUCUUUAGGGAAGACUUUGACGCAUGUAAGGCGAUAAACGACAAAUGGAACGAGGAAAUCCGUGUGAUCAGAGAGAAGAGGAUGGAAGAGAUGUUGCAAAAUGAUAUUGAGUUCGCGCAAAAAAGGAUGGAAUUAGAGCUAGAAAAAAGACACCAACUGCAAGAGUUGGCCGAGAGUUUGGUUAGGAAAGAGAAAGAUGUUUCAAGCAGUUUUAUAACUGCUGAGAAUAUUGAUGAGGCUAUUGAUAAAGCGUUGGAGUCAUUUGUCGAUUAUAAUUUUGCCAUUGAUGAAACGGGAGAGAAGAUUGUGGGGAGAGAAACUCCUGUGCCAGUGAUGCAGGAAAAAGCUGCAGCAAAGCAGUAACUUUUUAGAUAGGAUUCAUUGAAUAAAUUAAUUGUUUGUGAAGUAGUA